AUGGCCCAGCGCAGCGGGCUGAGCCACAACACGGUCAGCCGCAUCUGGCGAGCCUUCGGAUUGCAGCCCCACCGCACGGAGACCUUCAAGUUGUCGGCAGACCCCUUCUUCAUCGAGAAGGUCAGGGACGUUGUGGGGCUAUACCUGAAUCCACCGGAUCGGGCGUUGGUCCUGUGCGUGGACGAGAAGUCCCAGAUCCAGGCGUUGGAUCGCACCCGUCCGCUAUUUGCCAUGCGCCCGGGACAGGUGGAACGGCGCACCCCAUGA